AAAUGACUGAAACAACUCCACAAAUUACAACAAUCUUAUCAAAAUCAAUGUCUGAAAUCGUGUUUUCUGCCUUCCUCUCUGUGAUCUUUGAGAAGCUGGCCUCUGCAGCUUUAGAGAAACUUGCUCCAUACAAUGAUAUUAAUUCUGAGGUGAAGUAAUUGCAGCGGUCAUUAUACCAGAUCCAAGAUGUGCUUGCUGAUGCUUCUCAGAAAGAGAUAACCAUUCGGUCUGUGAAACGGUGGCUGAAUGAUCUCCAACAUUUGGCUUACGACAUAGAGGACAUAUUGGCCGACAUAGCAACCGAAGCUACGCAUCGUGAGUUCACCGACAAAUCAGAAGCCCACACCAGCAAGGUAAGAAAGUUCUUCUCAAAUCCUUUUUCAAAGCAUUCAUUAUGGACCAGGAUGAUGAAGGAGAAGAUAAAUGAUAUUACUACCAAGUUACAAGAUCUAUGCCUACAUGUUAUUUGCUCAUAAUAUAUCUGACUACUGCUACGCUAUAUACUUAUCUCUCUUUUGUCUAUUUAGCUGUUGGUUGUUUUGGAGCCGGGGGUCUCUCAGGAAGCAGCCUCUCUAUUAUGAGGAUAGAGGCAAGGUUUGCCUACAUCCCACCUCCCCCAGACCCUACCAAUAGUUCAGCUAUUUGUGGGAUUUACUGGGUAUGGUUGUUGUUGUUGUUGUUGUAUUACCAAGUUACAAGAUCUAAUAGAGGAUAAAGCUACUCUUGGUUUAGUUGUGAAAGAGGAAACUAAGUCGAAAAAUAUAAAUAGAAUAUUACAAACCUCUAUAGUCCAUGCAUCUAGUAUUGUUGGACGACAAGCUGAGAAAGAGACCUUGGUCCACCAAUUACUACUAGAUGAACCAUGUGAUCAAAACUUUAGCAUUGUUCCCAUAGUUGGUAUGGGCGGGGUGGGCAAAACUACUCUAGCUAGACUUUUGUACGAUGAAAAGCAAGUCAAGGAUCACUUCCAACUCAAGGCGUGGGUUUGUGUUUCAGAUGAGUUUGAUAGCUAUGGUAUAAGCAAAGUUAUCUUUCAAUCUGUGGCAGGAGUAAACAAGGAAUUUGCAGAUUUGAAUCUGCUUCAAGUAGAUCUUAAAAAUCACCUAAGGGAGAAAAGGUUUCUUUUGGUAUUAGAUGAUGUGUGGAGUGAAAGCUAUGACGAUUGGGAAACAUUAGUAGGCCCGUUUCAUGCAUGUGCUCCGGGGAGUAAAAUUAUCAUGACAACACGGAAGCAUCAGUUGCUCAAAAAGUUGGGUUACAAUCAUCUAAUCCAGCAAUUGGAGAGCCUGUCAAAUGAGGAUGCUUUAUCUUUAGUUGCAAUACAUGCAUUAGGUGUAAAUAACUUUGAUUCACAUUUAUCACUCAAAAAACAUGGUGAAGGUAUCGUGAAAAAAUGUGAUGGUUUGCCGUUGGCUUUGGUUGCACUUGGGAGAUUAUUAAGGACAAAACACGAUGAAGAAGAAUAUUGGGAAGAAGUUCUAAAUAGUGAGAUAUGGAGGUUACAGGAUGUAGGUGGAAUUCUUCCGGAUCUUAUUCUAAGCUACAAUGACCUUUCUGCCCGUCUAAAGCAGUUGUUUGCUUAUUGCUCCUUGUUCCCCAAGGACUUCUUGUUUAACAAGGAGGAACUAGUUCAAUUAUGGAUGGCAGAAGGGUUUUUGCCCCAGUUAACUCCAAGCGAUUCUAAAGAAGAACGUUUUGGUCAAAAAUGCUUUGACGAGUUGUUGUCAAGGUCAUUUUUUCAACCUGCUCUUAAUAAUAAAUCAUUGUUUGUAAUGCAUGACCUCAUGAAUGACUUGGCAACGUCUGUUGGCGGCGAGUUCUUUUUAAGAUUAAGAAAUGAGAUGGACAAGUAUAUAAGGAAGAAAACACUUGAAAAGUAUCACCACAUGUCAUUUGUUCGAGAGGAAUAUGUAGCUUACAAGCAGUUUGAAGUACUCAAAGGAGCUAAAAGUUCUUCCUUCGAACCGACUUGUCCAAACAAGCAUUCUAUUGAAACUAACAAUCCGAACCAAACCAAACUAACAGGGUGAUUUUGAUGCACCUGCAGCAGUCAUAGAGGUCACAGAGGCUGAGAUAAUCAACGUAUAAGACUGUCGAGUUCAUCUAGAGAUGAAUACUAACAAAAUGUAGAUUUAUAAGUCAAGGAGCGAAAAGAAAGGAAGUCGAAAGGAAAGUUUAAAUUAACUAUCGUAUUCCCGAGUUCGAAGGAAACGAAACGAAAAGAUUUUAUGUGUUAAAACAUCUUUCCUUUCAAAUCUCUCCAAUUUGGAGUGAUUCAAUAUGAAGGAAAUAAACAUAAUUUUUCUUUCAUUUCUCUCAGUUUUCUUCCUUAAAAAACCUCUAGAACACGAUUUUUUUCUGACAUCAUUCCAAAUCACUUCUUUUCCUUUGUUAGAUGAAACUCUGGAGAUAAUAUCUAGUCCUAUGUUGAUUUGUUUUUAGCGUUUUACACUUUCCACUAGAAAUUUGUAAAUAUUGUUGGGGAAUUUUGUAAACACAGAUGAUCUGAGAGGCAUGUAAUCACUUUCAGAUCAAAUUAUUUCGUUGGUUCUCCCGAAUAAUUCAAUCGGAUACAGCUCGGAAUUUCAAGAACAAGAACUAGUAUGUG